GAGUGUUUAGGAAAAAUUCGAGUAGUAAAGGUGAAAAAAUGCCAAACAUACGAAUUUUAUCAAAAAGUUUACAAAGAAAGGCAAUAGAAGAGUUGAGUGAGAUUCCCGAAAACAUAAGCCAUGAGAUUGAUGAAGUCAAAAGGAUGCUUCAACGUUUGCCGCAUCUCCGAUCACGUUUGGAUGACCAAUUUCUAAUUACGUUUUUACGAGGUGCCAGACAUGACAUCAACAGAACUGUAAGAAAGAUUGAAAUGUUUUAUACUUGUCGCACGUCACUUCCGGAAUUAAUGCUGGGCCGCGAUCCUCUCGAUCCGAAAAUUCUUGAAAUUAUCCGACUAGGAAUUGGACUUCCAUUGCCACUUACUGAUAAACCCGACAGUCCAAGGGUCAUUUUGAUUCGCCCUGGUGCGUAUGAUGCAACACGAUAUCGAAUGAUUGAUAUCAUGAAGGUUGCAAACAUGAUUUGUGAUAUUUUGUUGAUAGAAGACGACAACUUAGUCAUUUCCGGUGAAGUUGCUGUUGUAGAUUUCAAAUACGUUACAAAAAGUCAUUUGCUGCAGUUAGAUCCAUUGCUGGUUAAGAAACUCGCUGUGCUGAAUCAAGAAGGUUCGCCAUUGAAACAGAAAGGAAUUCAUUACGUUUACACACCAAUUGGAUAUCGAAUGAUUGAUAUCAUGAAGGUUGCAAACAUGAUUUGUGAUAUUUUGUUGAUAGAAGACGACAACUUAGUCAUUUCCGGUGAAGUUGCUGUUGUAGAUUUCAAAUACGUUACAAAAAGUCAUUUGCUGCAGUUAGAUCCAUUGCUGGUUAAGAAACUCGCUGUGCUGAAUCAAGAAGGUUCGCCAUUGAAACAGAAAGGAAUACAUUACGUUUACACGCCACCUGGCUUUGAUGUUGUCUUUAACCUCUUCAAAAGCAUCAUGCAGUCAAAUAAUCUGCAGUCGGAAGAUCAUCCAAUGGAAAUUGUUAUUCAUCCAAGAACUCACGAAACACUUUUCGAUCAUCUCUCACCAAGAAUCCUACCGACCGAGUAUGGUGGAGGUUCAGGUCCACUUGAAGCGAUGAUUAAGUUUUGGGAACAUAAAUUGAUUUCCUAUCGUGAUUACUUUCUUGCUGAUGGACAGUUUGGUACGAAUGAAUCAUUACGACCAGCAGAAUAUCGUCAUCACCACACAGAUUUUGUAAGAACUCAUUUCGAUUAGACUUAAGGUUUUAAUUUCGAUAAAUAUCUCGUGAUUUAUUUUUGUUAUUCUUUUUAUUUUCUGUUUUUGGGUUGCAAAUAAAUUUCCAUUGAC